CCGUCGUCGUCUUCCUCCCGAAAAUUCCCCAAAUCCUCCUCCACUCCCUCACAUCGUCGUCGAGAUGUACCAUCCCACGAGAGGCGGCGUCCGCGGCGGGCGAGACCAAUUCAAAUGGGAUGAUGUUAAGGUUGACAAGCACCGGGAGAAUUACCUUGGUCAUAGCGUUAAGGCUCCUGUUGGUAGAUGGCAGAAAGGGAAGGACCUGUUGUGGUAUACGAGAGAUAAGAAAUCCGAUGAAGAAGAUGCCAUGAAGGAAGAAAUUAGGAGAGUGAAGGAGGAGGAGGAACAGGCCAUGCGUGAAGCACUUGGCUUAGCUCCCAAGCGCAGUAGUCGACCAAAGGGCAAUCGCUUAGAUAAGCAUGAAUAUGCUGAGCUAAUAAAGAGAGGAUCUACAGCGGAGGAUUUGGGAGCAGGGCAUGCUGAAGCAGCACAAGUGCAAGGAUUAGGUUUAUACAAGGGUCCUCAGACUGAGGAAGAACCAAGUAGUCCUGGCCCUCCUGAAAUGAACCCUGAGCAGGUUGAGUUUGCACCUGCUGCAAAGCAGGAAGAUUCUGAAGAUGAUAGGAAGGGGAAAAGGCGGCGCGAUGAUGAGAGGAGAGGGGACAGAGAGAAAGAGCGAAAGCAUGAAAAACACUCUGGGGGAAAGGAGAGGAGGCGAGACAAGCAUGAGAGUAGGCAUGACUCGGAGGACAGGGAGAGGCGCCGCCGCAAAGACAAGCAAAAGAGGAGGCAUGAUUCUGAUUAAUAGCACAAGCUAGCAGCGCUGUUCAGUCGGUAUCACCAAUGUACCUCGCUUGCAUGUUUCAUGGCUGGGAUGCUACUCUUGCUUGAUGAUGUAGUGUAUAACUAAAUUCUGUGAUCCACAAUGUUCUUCUUUCGUGACAACAUAUGUAAAGUAUUGAUGGGAUGAUGUGACUUGAUCAAAGUGUAUGAUGAAAUUUAGUCAUGCAAUAAUGCAGUUUUUGUUGUUCUC